AAUAUUCCUUAUUGCUAUGGCUGGUUUAAUAACCGGUUAAGCUUGAUUUUAUCGUGGUUCAGAUCGAAUGGAUUUAAAAAAAUUUCGAACCGAAACUAACAGAGUGACGAUUGCAUCAGGUAGCUCUCAGGGCGUAAAAGGAAAGAGACGAAGCCGUACAAAGAGGGCUCUUCCACCAUCUCCGUACUAUCUGAAUCUCCUACUCUCUCUCUCUCUCUCGAAAGAUGGAGAAGUAUGACCGCGUGGUGAAGAAGAAGGAGGAGAGGACGAUUGAUGCGAACGAGAUUCGUAUCACUAGCAUGGGCAGGGCACGAAACUACAUCACCUACGCCAUGACUCUUCUUCAAGAAAAAGGGUCGACUGAAGUUGUGUUCAAGGCGAUGGGAAGAGCUAUCAACAAGACUGUGAACAUUGUGGAGCUGAUUAAGAGAAGGAUCCCUGGUCUUUAUCAGAACACAUCUAUUGGAUCCACCGAUAUUACAGACACAUGGGAACCUAAAGAGGAAGGCCUUCUACCUAUUGAGACCACAAGGCAUGUGUCCAUGAUAACCAUUAUCCUAUCCACGAAAGAGCUUAAUACAUCCUCUGUUGGAUAUCAGUGCCCAAUUCCUAUUGAGAUGGUCAAGCCAUUAGGCGAUACCGACUAUGGAGGAGGAGAGGAUUCACCUGGUGGCAGAGGCAGAGGAAGGGGAAGAGGGAGGGGAAGAGGUGGCAGAGGAAAUGCAUAUGUGAACGUUGAGUAUGAAGAUGGAGGUUGGGAACGUAACCAGUCUUAUGGUAGAGGAAGAGGCCGUGGCAGAGGACGCAGCAGUCGUAGUCGAGGAAGAGGAUGGUACAAUGGUCCUCAAAAUGAGUAUGAUGCACCACAAGAUGGAGGUUACGGUUAUGAUGCUACUCAUGAACACCUUGGAUAUGAUGAUCAUGGUGGUCCUCAUCAGGGCCGAGGUGGUUACAAUGGUCGUCCGGGCCGCGGUGGUUAUGAUGGUCCUCGUCAGGGCCGUGGUGGUUAUGAUGGUCCUCAUCAGGGUCGCGGUGGUUACAAUGGUCGUCAGGGUCGUGGUGGUUAUGAUGGUCCUCAUCAGGGCCGCGGUGGUUAUGAUGAUUCUCAUCAGGGCCCUGGUGGUUAUGAUGGUCCUCAGGGUACUGGUGGUUACGAUGCUCCUCCUCAGGGCCGUGGGCGUGGACGUGGAAGGGGAGGUCGUGGAAGAAGUCGAGGAGGUCGUGGUGUUGGUGGUGGAUUCAACAACAGCUCAGAUGGACCAACAAACCAGGCAGUCGCUUGAGACAUGCGAGUGAGGUUUCUGUUGCACAAACAUAAAAUGAAAAAAGCCAAGUGGUUGGAUGGUUUUUUUUUUUCUAUCUCCUUGCUCUCUUCUCUCUAUAUGUUUGUUUAUGUCCAACAAGACGACAUGCUUGCCAUAAGUGUAUCUUUUUUUUUUAGUUUGUGACAGUUUUUCUUUAGAGUCGCUUUACAGAACUACCGAGGCAUUUUUUAUAACCUCUUCUGUUUUACUGUUUUGUAGUGGUCGGAGUGAGACUUAAGUUUGGAUAAAAUUAACAUUUUUGGUCUUCGCUUA